AUGAAUAUCAACGCUCCGAUCAAAGGCGGUGCGAUUCCACUUCCGUUCACGAAAGCAGCCGAUCCCGAACGACGAAAAGAAGUCGACGACCACGUCAAUCGCAUACCAUUCGCCCACCGAAUCCCAGACGCCGCUCGCAAUCACUUCGUGGCCGCAGUCGGCGAGUAUGUCGGGACAGUGCUCUUCCUAUACUUUGCGCUCGGAGGAACACAAGUCGCAAACAACAUCCCGUCUUCAUCUGGGAUGACGGUGGCAGAGACUGGCAGCAAUCCUCAACAAUUGCAGUACAUAGCGUUGUCGUUCGGCUUCUCGCUGGCGGUCAAUGCGUGGGUCUUCUUUCGUAUUUCCGGAGGACUGUUCAACCCGGCUGUUACGUUUGGAAUGUGCUUGAUCGGUGCUCUGCCAUGGGUCAGGGGCGCUUUGCUGUUUGUUGCACAGAUCCUGGGUGGCGUGACAGCUGCGGCGCUCGUCAGCUGCAUGUUUCCUGGUCCGCUUACGGUUCAGACAUCGCUUGGGGGAGGCACCACUAUCGUACAGGGUCUUUUCAUCGAGAUGAUCUUGACGGCUGAAUUGGUCUUUACCAUCUUCAUGUUGGCCGCGGAGAAGCACAAGGGAACCUUCAUUGCACCAGUUGGCAUUGGUCUCUCGCUCUUUGUGACAGAGCUUGUUGGUGUAUACUUCACAGGAGGAAGCUUGAACCCAGCGCGGUCUUUUGGACCUGCUGUUGUCAACCGCAACUUCAAUGGAUACCACUGGAUAUACUGGGUUGGACCAAUCUUGGGCUCCAUCGUCGCCGCCGGCUUCUACAAGUUUAUCAAAGUCCUGGAAUAUGAGACAGCCAAUCCUUCGCAAGAUGCCGACAAAGACAUCAUGCGUCGGGCGGAAGAGCACGACUUCAGCCCCCCGAAUACUGCAAACGGUCGCCGCUCGCACACUUACGGCGACUUUGCCGAUAGCAAUGAGCAGAAGUCAAUUGAGUCUCUUCCGCGAGUACCAGCGGCUACCCGGACUGUGGCUGGACCAGACCGAGCUGCUGCUUCGAAUCUUGCGGUUCGCGGACAGCAAGAUGAUGGCUUGGUGAGAAGGCUUGACCGCGGUGCGAGUUACGCAGCUUGA